AAGCCGCGUGGUUUACACCAAAUUGGUGAUAUAUGAAAGAGAUGGCGGAUAUUCUUGUUUUUUAAAACAGGCGUUUAUACUUUAUUUUGGUAUAUUUUAUUUGUUAAUUUAUUUGUAUUAAGUUGCUAUAACUACUGAUUUGGUAUAUAUUUGUUGUACAACUGGUGUGAAAUCUUGACAAAAUUCACACAAAAGAAAGCGCUGAAUAUUGUGACAAGUACGGCCGGCUUUCGUCCUCAUAUUGCGUAACCAAGAGUUGUAUUGACUAUGAGCGAAGGAGUCAUCAUCGGCGGAAUUCUGGCUGUCUGUGCGUUUAUUGCUGUUGCCGUUAUCAAUAUCUACUGUGUCUGUAAGCUGAUAGCACACCAGAGGCAAAGACAAACCAUCUUGACAGUGGCUUACGGUCCUUAUGUCCUGAACCAGAUACCAUUCAGGGCCCAGGGACAGGCACCUUACGAUCAGCAGCAAUACCCAGCUCAGCUGCCCUUUCAAACCGGACAAAUUACCCCGGGAACUUCAGUUGUCAGCAACCAAGAGAUACCGGACCCACCGUCAUAUGAAAAAUGCGUCGACAAUUAUAAUUAAUUGUUAUUAAUGUUAAAGCAUUCAUUAUCGUUAUUUAUUUGAUAACAUUUUUUGGUGAAAAAUAAGUACGAACUUGUGCAUCUAUAUUUAAUCUUGUAUCAAUUAAUCAAUGGGUUAAAAUAUAAUACGUACGUUCCAUGAAAAAAACAUGUUCACUUAACUACACUUUCUUAAAGGCAGUCUUUCAUUGAGUCAUUUAAAGUUUCAGAAAACUGAUAAAAUCACAUGUCAAUUAGCAUUACUCUUCAAUUAAACGUCAAAUGCAUAGCGGUGAUUCCAUAAAAGUAAGUGCACCGUUAUUGAAAAAGAUAAUUUACAUAUAUUUAACAUAAAGGACCAACAUAUGUUUUCACUUAUCUUUUCAUCCCAGUUUCACAUUUUACAUGAUAUAUAUAUCAUGCAGUAUUUUAUGGUGAAGUGAGUAUGGUAUU